GCAGCGCGGGCGGCGGUAAAAUGUCUGUUCCGGGAUCCUACCAGGCGGCCGCUGGGCCUUCCUCAGUGCCAACCGCACCCCCAUCCUAUGAAGAGACGGUGGCUGUUAACAGUUACUUCCCGAUGCCUCCUGGCCCGGUGCCGGGGCCGACCACAGGGCUGGUGACGGGCCCGGAUGGCAAGGGCGUGAAUCCGCCUGCCUCCUACGUGCAGCCAGUGCCCGUCCCCAGUGCCAGUGCAAUUGCUGUGCAGACUGUGUACGUCCAGCAGCCCAUCUCCUUUUUCGACCGUCCGGUCCAGAUGUGCUGUCCUUCCUGCAACAAGAUGAUCGUGACUCAGCUGUCCUAUAAUGCCGGCGCCCUCACCUGGCUCUCCUGUGGGAGCCUGUGCCUGCUGGGGUGCAUAGCGGGCUGCUGCUUCAUCCCCUUCUGUGUGGAUGCCCUGCAGGACGUGGACCACUACUGUCCCAACUGCAAAGCUCUCCUGGGCACCUACAAGCGUUUGUAGGACUCGGCCAGACCCAGAGGGAGCUGUACGCUGCCGGAAGUGCUCUCCGACUCUCACCCCGUCCUGCCCUGGUGGGAGUGGUGUCCCGCCUCGCUAGCCUCCUCUCUCCAGGGUCUUCACCUUCGUGUCUUCUUUUGGGGGAAAAAUAUCACAAAAGUAACACACCUCCAAAACCCCAGAGGUCGCUGCUCGGAGUCAUGCACAGGACCUGCAAAGACAUUCACUCCGAGUGCUGGUUCCCGCCUCCGGUGAUGCCAGGCCACCCCGUGCAACUGGGACCGUUGCCCCAUCGGAAUCUUCCCAGUGAUUGGCCACCGGCCGGCUUCACUUCUUGCCUCCGUGGGCCUUUCCAGGGGGGCGGUCUCAAGCCAGGAAGCCACAGGUUGCCUUACUUUUCGAGACUAUUCUGACCCAAAUACGGCUGACCCCACCUUCAGUGCCUACGUCCAGCUCACCUGUUCCCACGGCCCAUGAUCCCUGCCUUAUCAGCGAAGGGCUUGGCUCGCGGAGUCUCCCACUGGGGGCUUUUCAGUAGCACACAAAUUCACUUUAUUCUUCAUUCCUUUUUAAGUACCAGGAGGAGCUGUCCCCCCCCCCCCCCAGAUUCCCACGUGCUAUGUGUGCUGGAGAUACAGGGCUGGAUCCUACCUGGGAUCCGCCUUCCCUCCUUUCUCAGCACCAUCCUCCGCCCCUUCCGGGGAAGGGCUUUUUCCUUCUAGAGGAAUUGUUUGUCUUAACCAUGUCUGUGACCUCCUUUCGGUCUUAAACACCUUUGGACAUAAUUUUGAAAGGAAGGAUUUAUAGAUCCAUUUUUCUUGACCAUAUGAUUGCCACCACUUUCCUAUUGGUCGGUGUGUUCUUUGUUGUUGUUUUGUUUUGUUUUUUUGGUCCUUAACAGAAAAGGCAAUGGAUAAUUUUCUCCACUGCCUCUACUUGGGUUUGGUGCGGUUCUUCAAAACCUCUCUAAUGGGACUCUUCAAGGGGGGCCCCUUGGGGGUUUCCGGGGGAGUCUUGAGAGAGACAGAGGGACACACAGGGUGAGCACAUCUGGGUACCACAGUGCUGGAGAGCUUGGGGACCUGUUUCAGAGGAAUCUAAAUUCUGAUUUUAUUUUUCAGAAAUACAUUUUGUGGUAGGCCAUCAGGAGACAUGAUUUCUAGGACUCAGUCAGCAAGCCAGCGUUCUCCGUUAGUUGCUGUGUCAUCUUCGAAAGCAAGAUAAAGCUGGGCUUGACUUUCCAGAGUCCCCGUAUUGAUAAUAAACAGACACAGGGAAUGCACGUGAAUAAUAUUAUGUAGAAAUCAAGCCUAGACGUGGAACGAAAAUCUGUAUAUUGGCCAAAAAUCAUAGUGGUAAUCAGUGAUCCCGCUUAUCCCUUCGAUGUUUGGAAAGUUCCAGUAAUUAUUUUUGCAAUGAGUACGAUACUACGUAGUACUUUGGUGUUGUCUGCUUUUGAAAAAAAUAAAGUCUUCGGUUCACUUGGUGAACUAUUUAUCAAUU